CGCGGCCGGGAGCGCCGCGCGCGCGGGGAGCAGGGCGGCGGGCGCCGGGGCUGGCAUGGCGUGGCCCUGCAUCAGCCGCCUGUGCUGCCUGGCGCGGCGCUGGAACCAGCUGGACCGCUCCGACGUGGCGGUGCCGCUGACCCUGCACGGCUACUCGGACCUGGACGGCGAGGAGCCGGGCCCGGGCGGCGCCGCGUCGCGCAGGGUCCAGCCUCCCGCGGGCGCCCGGGACCGCGGCCGGGACGUGCCGCUCACUCAGUACCAGCGUGACUUCGGCGUGUGGACGGCGCCCGCCGGGCCCAGGGAUGCGCCGCCGGGGCGCGGGCCGGGGACGGGCGGCCGCAGGGACAAGUCCUCCGCGCCCCGUGCGCCCGGCGCCCGCGGGGUCUACGUGCUGCCUGUUGGAGAUGCGGACGCGGCUGCAGCAGCGACCACGUCGUACAGACAGGAAUUCCAGGCUUGGACUGGAGUGAAGCCCUCAAGAUCCACAAAGUCAAAACCAGCCAGAGUCGUCACAACCCACAGUUCGGGAUGGGACAGCAGCCCUGGGGCGGGCUUCCAGGUCCCAGAGGUGAGGAAGAAGUUCACUCCUAACCCCUCCGCCAUCUUUCAGGCCUCAGCGCCGCGGAUUCUCAACGUGUGACUGCCGGCCCCGUGACACCAUGGCUGCUGAGAGGACGACUAGGGAGCAGCCUCAGGACCCACUGCCACUGGGCCAGGCAAGAGCAUGGCAUGGGCCCCUCCUGGAGGGCACAGCCCUCUCAAAGCUGUCGCCAGGGACCAUGUGCUGGUGUGGAGAGACAUGCCAAUGGACCUGGCACACCCAGCUCAGCUCAGCCGUCCUCCCGAGAAGCCCACGGAAGGCUCACACGUGUGUGACCGCCAUGUGGCCAUCCGAGGAGCCUGAGGAUCAAGUCAAUCGGAAGGAACUGGUCCACGGAAGCUGAGGAAUGUGGAUGCAUCGGCCCUUGAAGAACCAGUGACGUCCACUUCUGGUGGAUCUCCUAGGAUGCAUGACCACGUGAUUUAUUUUACAACCUAUGCGAAUCCAAGGUAAGACCCUUGGCUUUUCCUACAAAUGGCCCCUGUGAUUGAAGCUGUAGGCAUCUUGGGCCGUCACCUGCAUGACUCAUGGUGAUGCUGAGUGUCCAGGAGGAAGUUUCCAGAAGAAACAGACCAUCAGUCACGGGACCUCCACCUCACAGACCUCCUUAUGGCCACGAUGAGCCUCACGUUUUAACAAAACAUUUCUUGGGAUUGAAUGAAUCACAUUUGCCUUGUGGUAAGUGUCUAGAGACUCAGUCCACAUUUUAUUACUAAUUAUUUUUCCCCCUAACAUAAGGAUGACGAGAAAGGCACUGCCAUGCAUGCUGGCUAGAACUGGGAGCGUUUUGGGGAAGGUGGCAUUUGCCUCCCCCAAAUACCUUAAAAUGGCAUCUGCACCAACCCUUCCCCUCCUGUCUACCCUGCUCACACAUAUGGUGAUGGGGACUCUGGGACUCACCACCUUUUGAGGAGGUAGACUUCCUCCGUCAAUUCCAGCCAGCAUGGCUGCACAGGUCGCGCCUGGUCCCUUCUUUGCACAGCACCCCUUCACACGUCUGAAGGGUCUUCGUCCCUUUUUAAAGCCCAGAGGCACAAGCUCGGGACCAUCUUCAGGAAGGCAAUUUGUGGAUUUUCCUUUGCAUCUUUCUUCCUCUCCAGCCCCCAGGUGGCUCUAGUCUGACGAGCAUCUCAGCUGCAGGUGGUGGCCCUCGGGCCUCAGAGCCACCAGAUGUGCAGGUGGGGCGGUGCCUGCGGCUCUGUCUGCCUGUGCAGCAGCCCUCCCAGGUGCUAGGCCUGGCAGGCACAGCCGUCCCCUUAUGCCAGCAAAGAAAACGCUCUUGAUGAGAGGCUUACUCUAAAGAAACCCGCAUUUUGUGCACUUACCCAAGGGAUUCUGGUGUCUCAGACUUCACGGCUUGCAUGUCUGAUGUUUCUAAGAGAAAAGGGGCUGCCUGCCGGGUGUUCUGUGGGAAAUGAGAUUAAACUGUACAACCUCAGAUUUUACUAAAAUGCAAAAAUGUAGUUUCAAUUUAAAUGAUAAACACAAGUCUUCUCACACUU